CAUGCCGAGUCAGAGCUGCCUGGGACAGACGCUGCCCGGAUCCCUGUGGCUGCCUGCACUCUGGACCAGGAGCUCUGAGAGCAGCAGGUUGAGGGCCGCUGGGCAGCAACUUGGAGGCUCCGCGAGGUGCAGGGGACGCAGGCAUGGCCGGUGAGCUGACUCCUGAGCAGGAGGCCCAGUACAAACAGGCCUUCUCCACGGUUGACACGGAUGGAAACGGCACCAUCAAUGCCCAGGAGCUGGGCGCGGCGCUGAAGGCCAUGGGCAGGAAUUUCUCGGAGGCCAAGCUGAAGAAACUCAUCUCCCAGUUUGAUAGCGACGGCGACGGCGAAAUCAGCUUCGAGGAGUUCAUGGCGGCGGUGAAGAAGGCCAGGGCCGGCCUGGAGGACCUGCAGGUCGCCUUCCGCGCCUUCGACCAGGACGGCGAUGGCCACAUCACCGUGGACGAGCUCAAGCAGGCCAUGGCGGGGCUGGGGCAGCCGCUGCCGCAGGAGGAGCUGGAUGCCAUGAUCCGCGAGGCCGACGUGGACCAGGACGGGCGGGUGAACUACGAGGAGUUCGCGAGGAUGCUCGCCCAGGAGUGAGGCUCCCCGCCUGUGUCCCCCCAGCUGCGCUCUGAGCCUUCAGGGCCGCCGCCCGCUGCUGCUUUUGUGCUGGGACUCUCCGGGGAAACCUGGUCGGUGGAUGGGAAACUGCCUCCCCCGGGAGGAAGGCUUUGCGCUCCAGGGCCUGGAUGCGGCGCCCUCGGCCGCCUGCGAGCCCCUCUCUGCCUCCAGACGUUGGGCAGAAGGUGGCCUCCUUGGGCCUGGUCCCCCUUUGCCCUGCAGUGGAAUGGGGUUCCCCAGCUCGGGCCUGCCCUGAGGCUCCCUCAGCCCCGCAUUGAUCUAAAUAAAGGACUGCCGAGUCCCAUG